AUGGCCAAGGCGUUGCUGCACCUGAGGCAACACAGUCGCUCCGCAAUUACAACUCGAAGGGCGUCGAAUUUCAAUAGCGAACAGCAACCAGAUAGGUCUCUGGAUCGUCUCCUGGCGGGGAGGGUCUACAUAGAAGAGCUGCCUCCGGAUAUCGAGCCUAUUAGGACGCUGCUGGUGAAGUACAGCGGGAUUCGCACCAAGGAUGUCGACGAGCAUGUUCAUCAGAUACGCGACCGCCUAUGGGAUAUAUACCCUUACGCCACCAUCGGCCAUUUCCGCUUCCUGUCCCUCAAAUUCACGCUAGAUUCUUGGUACCAUGUUGCCCUGGACCGGCUGCUCGCGCCAAGGUCUGACGUUACGUUUCUCGACGUAGGCUGCUGUGUCGGACAAGUGCUACGGAAACUCGCGUUCGACGGCGUGGACCCUGGGCGGUUAUACGGCUUAGACCUCGAAAGCCGCUUCAUAGACGCUGGCUACGACCUGUUUAAAGACCGGAACAAAUUCAGGGCUACGUUCCUGGUUGACGAUGUGCUGAGACGUGGCAGCGUGGGCGGUGGCGAUUCCGGGUCCGAGGCGCUCGACGGCAAAAUCAACAUCAUCCACGCGACGAGCUUCUUCCACCUGUUCACGUGGAGGGACCAGGUUCGGGCGGCCCAGCGCAUGGUCCAAUUUCUCGAUCCUGACGACCCGGACGCUAUGAUCUUCGGCCGCCAGGUCGGGACGACGACGCCCGGGGAUAAGGAGUGCAGCAGAGGACCGAGCAAGUUCCUGCACAAUGCUGUGAGCUGGCAAGCGUUGUGGGACGAGGUCGGCGUUCUCACGGGGACCUCCUGGCGAACCGAGGUCAGCGAAACAGAGGAGAGGGGCAUGCGCGGGGAUGAGACCGCGGACGGAACACUCCGACGGAUACGAUUUGGUGUUUUUCGGGCGUGAACGACACCCAUGGCUGAUCGGCCGUGCCGCAGACGAUGUUAUUUUUCACCGCCAGAGUCCGCGAAUGAGAAUGUGCGGGUGCUCGCGGGGAAAUGAGCGACAUAUAGUGGCUUUUAGAGCCGCCGUUAACCCAAGGAGUAAAGCUCGACAAGAAAACCCGAGGUUGGCGACGGGCAAAAUCACGAGUUGGGCCUAGUUUCGCUAGGCUGCCGUCGCUAGAGCCCUGGCGAUUCUGGAAACAAAUUCCGUUGUCGUCGGAUGAACGGUACCACUUCAUCUUGGCCGGUUGGAUACGGUUCCCGCAAUGAUGCCAUCCAUACUCCAACCGGACGAAUAUGCUAGUAGGCA